CUUCACCGUCAAGUCAAAUUACGAAUCAAAUUUCUUUUCUCAAUAAUUUUUUGCCAGAGAGAAUUUUAUAGUAUACAUUUAUUCAGACAUAGACUGGCAAUAAAUCAGGCUGACGGUCACGCAAUAGUGUCUCCAUUCACCCAGCUCAGCCGCUCUACGCCCCUGACCUCCGCGGCUCCGCCAUAGCAAAAAGAAAAAUCUAUUUUAAUCUUUACGAAGGAAUAAAGUUUUCUUUUUGAGAAGAAAAAAGAAUUUAUAUCGGUUUAAUCCGAGACUGAAAUGUGGACGAACCACCAUGGGUUCAGCAUCAUCAGUUAUUGAAAAGCCCCAAAAUGGAAAUCUAGGGUUAGGGCUUAUGAACCCAGAAUCGACUCCGAUUGAUCCGACCAGUGAUCAGAGGGGUGUAAAGGAUGUUUCUGAUUCCGAAAAUGCCCCUGUGGAGAGGAGUGAUUUACCAAAGGGUAUUGAAGAAGAGGUGAAGGAGAAGGCUGUUGAAGAGGAAGAGGUGAAACUGAGGGAUACCAUUGAGAGAGAGAUUCAUCAGCUGACUUUGGAGCGGGCCGAAAUUGAGGCGGCCUGGAAGAAAGGUCCUGGGCUUAAUGGUGAUUUUAAGGAAGGGAAUGAGAUAAAAACCGUGAAAAAUGAGAAUGCUGAUGAAGAAAAAGAUGUAGAAUUUACGGUAAAAAAGAAAAAUGAGGCCGCCCAGGAGGAAAGUCAUGGGCUUAAUGGUGAUUGUAAGGAAGGGAAUGAGGUAAAGACCACGGAAAAUGAGAAUGCUGAUGAAGAAAAAGAGGUAGAAUAUACGGUAAACGAGAACCGUGAUGAAGAAAAAGAUGGUCAUGGUGUGCAGAAUUGGAAGGAGGAAGAUAGAAAUGAAGGUUAUGACGAGAAUGAGAGUAGUGAUGAAGAGGAGGGAGAAGGGGAGCCGGUGAAGGUGACGGUGAAGGGAGGGGGGAAUAGUGAGUUUAAAACAAGGAGGUCUCAGUAUCCGAUGAGACCCGAUGCAGAGGACUGUUCGUUUUAUAUGAAAACAGGGUCAUGUAAAUUCGGAUCAGGUUGCAAGUAUAAUCACCGUCCCGGAAGAAAGAAUCAGGAUGUUAAGGAGAGACCAAAUGGAGGGGAAGGAAACCCAGAAAGGGCUGGACAGAUCGAAUGCAAGUAUUACCUGACAUCAGGGGGAUGCAAGUAUGGUAAGGCUUGUAAAUACUAUCAUGGCACAAGGAAAAGUUCAAUAUCAUCCCCUAUUCUGGAGUUCAACUUUCUAGGUCUGCCAAUUCGACCGGGAGAAACAAAUUGUCCCUACUACAUGCGCCAUGGUUCCUGCAAGUAUGGAACAAACUGCAGGUUUCAUCAUCCUGAACCUACGGAAGAGACUGAAGGUGACUCCCCAUUUGAAUAUAGCAAUGGUGGAUCUCUUCCACCACAAGCUUUUUCCUCUUCACCCACCACUUCCUGGUCUUCACCAAGGGCAUCGAAUGAAACUGCACUUUUUGUACCAUCAAUGCUUCCUACAACCCAAGUUGUACCUUCUCCAAAUCCAGAAUGGAAUGGAUAUCAGGCUGCACCGUACCCAACAUCAGAGAGGAGCUUACCUACACCUCCAGCAUUUUCCAUGAACAAGAUACCGACUUCUAUGAACUUCCCAAUUCAACAUCAACAGGAGAUGGUAACCGAAGACUAUCCGGAGCGUCCUGGCGAACCAGAAUGCAGUUUCUUCUUAAAAACUGGAGAUUGCAAAUAUAAGUCGAAUUGCAAAUUUCACCAUCCAAAGAGACGCAUAUCGAAGCCAAAAGCAAACCAAUUUUCUCUAAAUGACAAAGGCCUUCCCCUUAGACCCGAUCAGCCCAUUUGUACACGCUACUAUCAGUAUGGAAUUUGCAAGUAUGGACCCGGUUGCAAAUUCGAUCAUCCUGCUAACUUUGCUGUCUCACAGCCACCUUAUGAACGGCCUCCAUUCAACUCUUGAACUCCUGAUGGGGCGUGAAUCAUCACUCUGAGAGGAAAUGGAAUUGGUUCUUCAAUGUAGCAUUUUAAGAUUAUCGUUACAUUUCCUCUAGUUUCUAGUCUAAAAUGACCAGCAGUUGAACUAACUAUCGAAGUUUCUGCUUGAUUUCAGCAUAUAUCUGAACCACAGGAGUUAGAGAGACGGGGGUUUAUGUUUUAUGAUUGUUCUGUGUUAUUUAUAGAAUUGUCAUUAUAUUAUGUACUUUCUAGGAUUACAGGAUAGAGCGCGGUUUUGGUGAUGAUUUCCUUCUUUAUUUGAUUGUCAUUCCCCUGCGCAUGUUUGGUUGGCAAUACGAGUUUAAAAAUGGACGGUAUCAUUUUUUUUU